UCCACUCCACUCUCCUCCCCACCGCCGGCGCCGCCGCACCUCGUCCGACGAAGAUGAGGGAGAUCCUGCACAUCCAGGGCGGGCAGUGCGGGAACCAGAUCGGGGCCAAGUUCUGGGAGGUGGUGUGCGCGGAGCACGGGAUCGACCCCACCGGCCGCUACGCCGGCGACACCGACCUGCAGCUCGAGCGCGUCAACGUCUACUACAACGAGGCCUCCUGCGGCCGCUUCGUGCCCCGCGCCGUCCUCAUGGACCUCGAGCCCGGCACCAUGGACUCCGUCCGCUCCGGCCCCUACGGCGGCAUCUUCCGCCCCGACAACUUCGUCUUCGGCCAGUCCGGCGCCGGCAACAACUGGGCCAAGGGACACUACACCGAGGGCGCCGAGCUCAUCGACUCCGUCCUCGACGUUGUCCGCAAGGAGGCCGAGAACUGCGACUGCCUCCAAGGUUUCCAGGUGUGCCACUCGCUGGGCGGCGGCACGGGGUCCGGCAUGGGCACGCUGCUCAUCUCCAAGAUCCGGGAGGAGUACCCGGACCGCAUGAUGCUCACCUUCUCCGUCUUCCCCUCGCCCAAGGUCUCCGACACCGUCGUCGAGCCCUACAACGCCACCCUCUCCGUCCACCAGCUCGUCGAGAACGCCGACGAGUGCAUGGUGCUCGACAACGAGGCGCUCUACGACAUCUGCUUCCGCACCCUCAAGCUCACAACACCGAGCUUCGGCGACCUGAACCACCUCAUCUCGGCCACCAUGAGCGGGGUCACCUGCUGCCUGCGCUUCCCGGGGCAGCUCAACUCGGACCUCCGCAAGCUGGCCGUGAACCUCAUCCCGUUCCCGCGGCUGCACUUCUUCAUGGUGGGCUUCGCGCCGCUGACCUCGCGCGGCAGCCAGCAGUACCGCGCGCUCACCGUGCCCGAGCUCACCCAGCAGAUGUGGGACGCCAAGAACAUGAUGUGCGCGGCCGACCCGCGCCACGGCCGCUACCUCACCGCCUCGGCCAUGUUCCGGGGCAAGAUGAGCACCAAGGAGGUGGACGAGCAGAUGCUGAACGUGCAGAACAAGAACUCGAGCUACUUCGUGGAGUGGAUCCCCAACAACGUCAAGUCGACGGUGUGCGACAUCCCGCCGACGGGCCUCAAGAUGGCCUCCACAUUCAUCGGCAACUCGACGUCCAUCCAGGAGAUGUUCCGGCGCGUGAGCGAGCAGUUCACGGCCAUGUUCCGGCGCAAGGCCUUCCUGCACUGGUACACGGGCGAGGGCAUGGACGAGAUGGAGUUCACCGAGGCCGAGAGCAACAUGAACGACCUGGUGUCCGAGUACCAGCAGUACCAGGACGCCACCGCCGACGAGGAGGGCGAGUACGAGGACGAGGAGGACGACGCCGACCUCCAGGACUAGCCCCCGCCCUCUGCGAAAUCAUCCGUAUGAUUAUCAAUUAACGGUUCUCUUAUGUUAAUUUGAUUAUGGUUCUGUAGAAGUGUUGUGUCUUUCUUAGUGAGUGCUGUUGUUGAGGAGCAGAAAACUCAUGGAAGGGUGGUUGCUGAUGAGAUUGAGAUAGAUUGGUGUAAACAUCUUGCACAAUGGCGGUGUGCAACGCCCUGUUGCGUUCUACUCCAAUUGUAGUGUCUGUUUAUCUGGUGUCCGCGUCUAAUUGUCGUGUUAAAUCUAAAUGUAAUUCAGAGUUGCUUGUGUCUGAUUUCAGUUCAUGCUUUGUGCUA